CCCUGAUCUAAUCAAUAAUUCUAUAAUAAAGCUUCUCCGUUUGAAAAGGCGUUCUAUCCAUUAAUUUAUUCUAUUCAAGUUUCAACAAUCAUUGGUUUCGAAACCCACCAUUUCAAACCUCUCUGCCUAAGAAUUUAAUUAAAAUCCAUUUGCCGGUUCCUCCCAUUGGAUUCAUUUCCAAGCAAUAACCUUGCUGCUAAAAUUUUCCUCUAUUUAAAGCCAAAAAAAGAAGGAAGAUUUGGUGGUAUUGUGCUUUGAAAAAAAGUUUUUAUUUUUUAUUUAACAAUGGCCGCUGCUGCUGCUGGAAUUAUUGGUGGAAAUGGGUGUUCUUCUUCUUCCUCUUCUUCUUGGUUUAAGCUGAGAGAUAGGCAAAGGAAGAAGAAGAUGGCGAAUAGGGUUAUGUUUUGUUCUGCUUCUUCUGUGAUUGAUCCUUACAAGACUUUGAAAAUCCAACCUGGUGCCUCUGAAUCUGAUGUCAAGAAGGCUUUCAGACAGCUUGCUUUGCAGUAUCAUCCGGACGUAUGCAGAGGAAGCAAUUGUGGAGUGCAGUUUCACAAAAUCAAUGAAGCUUAUGAUGUUGUGAUGAGUAAUUUGAGGGAGGAAUCGAGUGUAUCGAAGAUGUAUGAGUCUUACUAUGAGGAGGAUGUUGAUGAGCCGAUGAGAGGAAUGGAUGAUCCUGAUUGGGAUUUGUGGGAAGAGUGGAUGGGAUGGGAAGGAGCAGGAAUUCGUGACUAUUCCUCUCAUAUUAAUCCCUAUAUUUAAACCUUCUAUUCUAAGCCUUUAUGCUUAUUGUAUUGUAUAUAUUUAAUCUUCAUCCUCUGUAUAUAUCAAUGUUAUCUAUCCCGUUUUCUGAUUACUUAACCGGUGCCAAUCAUCCAUUUAUUCUACCUUCUCCUUAUCUCCACUCCGUUCCACUAAAUUCUGGCUAAUAUGAAACAAAUCAUUAUUUUGUUUUUC